AAUGAUAUGCUCAUUUCUGAUCUGCUUAUGCAAGGAAUGUCUGAAGCCGCUCAACGCCGUUGAUUGGAAGCCCUUCCGGUGCAGUUUGUUUGUGCAGCUGCUAGCCUAUAUAAAGCACGUGUUUUGCUGCUAUUUCGACAAGCAGAGACUCUCAUUUGCAAGACAAGUGAUUCAAAUCAUUUUUCAAGUCCUUCAUCACACUUAUAUACCUCCAAUAAAAUGAUAGUACAAGUUUUUCCAUGCUUGGUACUGCUAGUAAAGCUAGUGCUUCUCUCUGUUCUACUGCCAUCAGCUACAGGAUCAUACCACUGCAGUAACAAUGCCACUCAAAAUUCUUAUUUGUGGCGUAUUGAGGCAUCCCCUCCAAUCUACCUCUUUGGCACAAUGCAUGUUCCCUACAAGAAACUUUGGGAUGAUGUCCCUGAUAAUGUAAAGAGUGUUCUCAGCCUCUCGGAGCACCUCUGUGUAGAGCUACGCCUCACCGACUCAGAAACCUCAAAAAACCUUUCUGCGUGUCGAUACCUUCCAAAAAAUGAAACACUAGAGAGUGUACUCCCUGGAGGCCUCUAUGUACGCGUGUUGAAGUACUUUGUCCGGAUUCAGAACCAGUUCCCAAAGUGGUUGUUUGGUAAUGCGAGUAUCAACGGUCUCUCGAGGAUAGAGAGUGAUCGUCUCUUCCAUGCUAUGAUUGGGAACUGGAACAGGCUCAGACCUGUGUGGCUCCUAAUGCUCAUCAGCUCUUUAUCCAGAGAGAACGUCCAAGAGAGGAGCAUUCCCCUUCUUGAUGUGUUUCUAGAUCGUGCUGCCGAGGGCAUGGGAAAGAAUGUAGAAGCAGUCGAAGUAUACAAAGAGCAGUGUCGACCAUUUAACAGACUUAAUAAUACAAAGGUAUUCGUCGCUUUAAGGAAACUCUUAGAUUACCUUGAGCCGUUAGCCGAUGGCCCUAUAUCGUCCACCGACUCAGACCUUGAGACCUACAACUGUGGCGACUUCAAGAGUCUAGUCUCAGCGAGGCCCAUACUCCCACUCCCUAGCUCUUCAAAACUCCCAAACCUCACGUCAGAGGAGGCCGGAGAUCUUGAGAGUAUCAACGAGUUUCUCGUUAGUCAGAUAGUUUAUAGACGAAACAGACGAAUGAGUAAAACGAUUAUGAGCCUUUUGAGUAGACAGAGAAAUGAGACUUACCUCUUUGCCAUUGGAGCAGGUCAUUUUGUGGGUGAAAGGAAUGUAGUACACAUGCUGAAGAAGAAAGGCUACAGUGUAAAUAGGCUAUCAGUUACUGAGACUAUUCCUGGUCCUCCACUUCCCAAAAACAUUAUAUCUCUGGGUGAUCCUUCAUCGCAGCUUACCAUAUUAAAUAUAUCCAGUACAAUCCCAACUCUACCACCGAACAGACCAUCUCAUGUCCCUCCCACUCUCUCUCCUGAAACCAUUGCCAGGAUCAUACAAUCAGUUUUCAAUAACACACAGUCAAUAUACACAGUUGACUCGGUUGAAGUCACACCCACCACUACAUCUUUAAAUUCAGCAACUGCAUCAACCACUGUCGCCACACCCACCUCAUCAGUGACUCCUCCCACUUCAAGCAGUAGUCAAACACGUAGUUUAACUAUUAGUGAUAGUCAAAGAACUAGUGAUGAUAGUGCAUUCAUUCCAAGUGCUUCAUCAGGUUUAAGAUAUAAUAUAGGACUAGUUUGUGUAACUUUAUUUUUUGUGUUGUUAAUAAUCACAUCAGCUUUGUGAUAGAUUAAGAUUAUUUAUUUAUUGUAUUAUAAUAAUCUUCAUAAUAUUCAUGAUUUAGAGUCUCAUCAAAUUGUUAUUCUUAUUUAAAUUUUAUUUAUCCAUUCUAUUGUGUGUUCAUGUAUUAUAAUUACAGUGAUCAUCACUUUAAACAUUCUAAAAUUACUUUAU